AUGAGUGGGUAUUUGGAUGAAUCAGACUUUAUGAUGGUGGAGGAGGGCUUCACCACCAGAGACCUCCUUGAGAACCUCCUCAUGGAGGCCUCCCAGACGGGCAACAAAGGGACCUUUUUUGUGGCAGACCUGGGAGAUGUAGUGAAGAAACACCUGCACUUCUUGAAGGCCUUGCCCCACGUCAAACCUUUCUACGCCGUUAAGUGCAACAGCAGCAGAGGAGUGGUGCGGACGCUGGCUGCGCUGGGGGCAGGAUUUGACUGUGCUAGCAAGACGGAGAUUGCAUUAGUUCAGAGCAUCGGGGUCCCACCUGACAAGAUUAUCUACACCAACCCCUGCAAACAGAUCGCGCAGAUCAAAUACGCAGCCAGCCAUGGGGUCCAGCUGAUGGCUUUCGACAAUGAAGUGGAGCUCGGGAAAGUGGCAAGGAGCCAUCCACAUGCCAGGAUGGUUCUGUGCAUCGCCACCGACAACCCCAGAUCCUCUGCCCGUCUGAGCGUGAAGUUUGGUGCCACCCUUAAGUCCUGCAGACACCUACUAGAAACUGCAAAGGAGAUGAAUGUGGAGAUCGUUGGCAUCAGUUUUCAUGUUGGCAGCGGCUGCCUCGACCUGCAAGCCUUCCCUCGGUCCAUAGCAGAUGCUCGGCUGGUGUUUGAAAUGGGUGCAGAGCUGGGCUACAAGAUGCACUUAUUAGACAUUGGAGGUGGAUUCCCUGGCACUGAAAACUCUAAAGUCCGGUUUGAAGAGAUUGCAGCUACGAUAAACUCCGCCUUGGACUUGUAUUUCCCAGAAGGCUGUGGGGUGGAAAUCAUUGCCAAACCAGGACGAUACUAUGUAGCUUCCGCCUUUACCUUGGCUGUCAAUGUUAUUGACAAGCAGGAGGUUCCCUUGGAUCCGCCUGGAUCAGAUGAUGAAGAGUCCAGCAGCAAGAAGAACAUCCUGUAUUACAUUAACGAUGGCAUCUAUGGAUCCUUCAGCUACAUUUUCUUCGAUCACACCUGCCCCAGCCCCACCCUGCACAAGAAACCCGGCCCACAUCACCCCUUGUUCAGCAGCAGCCUCUGGGGUCCUUCUUGUGAUGGGCAGGACCGCAUUGCCGAUGGCUUGGAGCUACCAGAACUGCAAGUUGGUGACUGGCUGACGUUUGAGAACAUGGGUGCCUACACCAUAGCAGCCUCGUCCUCAUUUAAUGGAUACCAGCAGCCACAGAUCAACUAUGUCAUGUCCCGGGAAGCUCUCCGGCUGCUUCAGGGGAAGCUGCCACAACCAGAAGAAGAUAGAGAGAGCCUGUGUACUCCUCUCUCCUGUGGCUGGGAAAUCACAGAUACCUUGUGCAUUACCCCUGUCUUCACUCCAGCUAGAAUCACGUGA